AUGGGUGGCAGUCAGUCACUGAUGGAUACCAAGUUUAAUCUAACACUUCAGUCUAGAGAAGCGCAAAAAUUGCAUUACAAAUGUUUAAAAGAGGAGGAAGAUGAGCGAAUAAAAGUAAAAUCUGCAAUAGAAUCCAAUAAUCCUGAAUCUGCAAGGAUCCACGCCACAAAUUCGAUUUUUAAACGUAACGAAGCGAUGAGAUUUUUAGAGUUUAAAUCAAGAUUAGAUAUCUUAUCAGCACAAAUAGACUCUGCAAUGAGAACUCAACAAUUAACGGAAGAGUUAAAAAAAGUGUUACCUCAGUUGAAUAAAUUUUUAAAGUACAAUAAACUCGAUUCGGUUGAUGUUAUAACAGAUUUUAAGAAAAUAUUCGAAAAUAUGGAUGGAAAUGAAUCAUACACGGGAGAAAAUGUGAACAGGGAAUCGUCAUUCAAAGUUCCUCCUAGGGAAGUUGAAGCCUUGAUUUCUAGGGUAGCACAGGAAUAUGACCUUGAUAUGAGCGAAAUGACCAAGAAAAUGGAAACACAAAACGAGUCUAAACCUCAGUCAUACAAUAAGCCAGGUUUGUCAUAG